AUGCGCGGUCACAUCGCCAUUCCACAGAUCGUCAACAUUGCGGAGAGCGCACCUUCGGACGGCAAGCAAGCGACGGCGCCAGCUCAAGGCACGGCGCCCCCCGGCAGCGCGCCACCUCCGACGCAGCAGCGCACCGGCGACGCCCCUGCGAACGCCACACCAGCAGGUGGCGGCAGCGGCCAGACGGGUGACUCAGCGUCCGGCGACACUUCGACGGGCAGCACCAAGGCGGGCGCGACCAAGCACGUCUCCUUCUCCAGCGCCACCGGCAAGACCUCUGACGCGGACAUGCGCGAGGCCGAUGACAACGCCUCGGCUGACGCUGCAACCCAGGAAACUGGUGACGCGAACUCAGAGUCUAAGGCGCCAGACGCAGGCGGCGCGGCCUCGGACGUGAACAUGGAGGGCGCCCCUGAGUUCAAGUUACCACGACACGUGACGCUAGAGGACGUCAGGGGACUCAUCUUCGCAGGCAUGCUUCGGCAGGAGGAGGUCGAUGUCCCCGACUUCGUACUCCCUGAGCGCCCACCGCAUUGGAAACUGCCAACCCCGCCGGAUCUCAAGACCAACGCGUAUCUCGUGGGAGUACCAGGGAUCGUGAACGACAUUUGCGCGGGUGCAUUCGCCAUGGAAGGCUACGGCGGCGCGUCUACGCUGAUCGGCUUCGAGGAGCUCUCCGACGAGGAUCUUCAGGGGUUGAAGGAAGUCUGUGGCGCCAACGCUGGGAUCGACGUCCUGUGUCCACGUCGUUCGCCUCUUUCCGCAUUCGAGUUGGACAACACCCUGAAUUCCAUCGGUAUUCGACGCGAGAUGGCCUCACUCCUGCGUCACUUCAACAGCACAAGGCUCGCUGAGCGCGUGUUCAAGAUGACUGGUUACCUGCGUCGAGUCCUCGGGUCCUACCGAAACAUGCGUUCUCUGGCUGACUCUCAGCAGGGUUUCACCGCCACUCAGGAAGUAGUCGACACGCGACGCAAGUACAAGGAACUGAAGCGCGCCUGGAAAUUCACGUGCGACUACUGGUUCCUGGAGGUCCAAGAGGCCCUGGGCAAGGUGGAUGACGCUGAGUCCAAGUACAAAGUCGCGCUGGGCGAGCAGAAGACGCGGUAUCAAGACGAGAUUGAUUCUCUGGAGUUCGAGAAGGCGCAACUCAAGGCGCGCCUUGCCGACUCUGAGGCACAAGUGCGAAUCCUGAAUUCGCGUCUUGAGUCAGCCACCGUGGACCCCUGGAAGUUCUCCGAUUUCCUUCAAGAGCACACAGACUUCACGGGUAAUUGGGAGCACCUCCACGACCUCUUCAAGCUCUGCAUCAAGGGCUCGAAGCCUCCCGAAUCCUGGGACACUGUCAUCAACGUCACGGCCAUGGACAAGCGCAAGGCUGCGUUGGCCCCGUACCCAGAGAAAAACACACGUAUGCCUCUGCCUUCGGGGUCUGGAUCGUCCGGUCGUCCUGAAAUUCUGGAUCUCACGGAUCCUGGCAGCAAGCCUCGCAGCGGCUCGAAGACCGGGGGCAAAACUCAGGAUUCCAAGAAAUCUCAGGGUUCCAAGAAAGUUCAGCGUCGCCCCACGGAUCACCAACCAGGCCGCGACUCUGUGCGUCGCGCCAGCGAGAAGACUGUGGUGUCCAAGGAGGCCGCACACACGAUGCUCCCGGGGGGUGUCGUCUGGAAGGAAGUUCGGCCAGACGUACGUCAGGCCAUUCUUGCUGGGCUCAAGAACGACACAGCCAUGGAGUGGAUUGGCAGCGACCGGGCGGCUCACGGGCACUUCAGGCAGCCGCAGCUGAUCAAGAUGCUCGUGAGCAUGAUGUACUGGUGUCGUCUUGACCUGACUCCCUGGAGCAAGUACGUCCCUGAAGCCUACUACGAAAUGGCAGACGAGCGUCUUCGCAGGUGCCUUCGACGCGGUGAUGUGCCACCACCCUGGGGGAACCUCGAUGACCCCAUGGUGUACCCUGAUGAGGACGCCGAUUCCACGGUGGACGACAUCGAGAACGACCCGGACUACCAGCCUCCCGCCCAGGAACCUGAGGAGAGCGCCUCUAGUAAUAGCUCUGAAGAGGAGGAGGAGGAGGUCGCCCCUGAAACUCUGGAGGACAUCGAGGAUGCAGAGGACGACGACGACGCAGAGGACGACAAUGGGGUAGAAGAACCCCUGGAAGUCAAGCCUCCUGCUAAGCGCCCCCAAACCUCAGGGUUCCAACUCGAAGUCGACACGGGAAACAAGACAGACACUUCUGCCACUCAGGGUUCUAGUGGUACUCAGGGGUCCAAGGCUACAUCACGCUCCAAGCAUCCGUCGACGCUCGCGCGGAAAUCGUACUCGGAGCUCAAUUCAAGUGAGUUGAUGACGGCCGAAGACCCUGACGACAACGAGACCUCCUGGCGCAUCUAUGGGGUUCUUGUUCAAUAUCCAAGUUCGACCAAGAGUGCGUCUUGCCAGACUCCCGGGUUCCCAGAGUACGAGAUCCACAAGUAUUCGUACGACGUUGCUCACGAGCGCUGGGACCGUGAGGCAUACCAAGAAGUCCUGGAUUCUGAACCCUGGGAGACUAUGCUUCAGGGUCGCUUCCAAAUGUUCUACUUCCAUGAGCGAGAGCUACUCUCCGCGAAAGCGCUCAAGCUGAUGGAGGACGUCGUGAACAUCAUGCACAAGCACGCACAGGCAAUCUGGGAGCGCGGGCACUGGGCGCCUAUUCCGACUGAAGAACAAGCAGACGCCACCAUGGAAUCUCAGCGGAAGUCGCGUCGAAACGCGCUACGCAGAGCGUACAAGACGCUCGUCGAGCGCUCGCGCAACACUCUUGGGUUCAUCCCGUCGUUGAGGCACGAACCGGGUCUCUGGAAGUUCCCGGACAAGUGCUGCUACUGGAUUUGGGAGGAUCCCAGGGCCAAAAAACUCGGGGGAGCUAAGUGCAAGGACUUAGACGUCCAGCUAGCGACGUUGGACAUUCGUGAGCCUGCUCGAGUCCAAUGGAACACGGCGGCUGACGACGAUGAGUGGCUACAAUACGUGCCGAGCAACAUCAAGCGCCACAUCAAACCCCUGGCCAUCCGCAAGCUCAACCCGCUGUCUCUCAAGCACUCGUGA